AUGUCUUCGGAAACCCAACAACCCGCACGACCGUCCAUCAUAGGAACCGAAUCCGGCCCCGAACCGCCUUACCCUAUCAAGAUGUUCGGGGUCGUUGAGAGGGGGUUCGGGAGGGGGAGUAAGGAGUUGGGGAUCCCGACUGCAAACCUACCUCGAUCAUCCAUCGCUCCUCUCGAACAACUCUCAUCUACAGGCAUCUACUUUGGGUUCGCCAGGCUCCAUCCGAUACCCUCAUCGUCGUCAUCGUCGUCCACAACCGACCAGACACCAAACCCGGAGUCGAACUCGAACUCAACUGCCGAGGCAAUCCCGAAGAACGGGAACUCCAGCGAUGGAUCGAAAGGUCUGAGCGUACAGGCCAUCGAAAGUCUUCCGGGGAAGACCGCGGCGUACCCUCGAUCGCAGGUGGAAGGCGAGGAGAACGACCGGCCUUCGACUAUUUCUUCUGACAAAGCCAGUGCCAGUACCGGCACUGAGAAUGGAGGUGGAGACGGAGAUGACAAGGGAGAACAGCCGGCCUUGGGAGAAGAGGAUUAUAAAGUCUGGCCGAUGGUCAUGAGCGUGGGGUAUAAUCCUUAUUACGGGAACAAGGAGAUGACCGCCGAAGUCCACAUCAUGCACCAAUUCCCCACGUCCUUCUACGCCCACCCGCUCUCGGUCGUCCUCCUCGGCUACGUCCGCCCGGAACUGAACUACGUCUCCAAAGAGAAGUUGAUCGAGGAUAUCAACGAGGACGUCAGGGUAGCUUUGAGGAGUCUGGGGAGGAAGGAAUGGGCCAAGUGGGCGGAUGCUAGGGAAUUGGAGGUACCGCGCGAUGGGGAGGUCAAGGAGAGUAAGGGGGAUGACAAGGUAGAGGAGGUUAGCAACGGGGUCGAAGGGUUGAGCGUGGGUAAUAAGGAGAAACAAGAAGAGAUCGAGAUCAAGCUUGAAUUUGGCGGCGGUCUGCACCUCUUGUUCUCGUCCAAGCCGAAACACUCGGUCAAAUUGCCCAAGACGAUCGAGGACGCUCCGGUAACGAUACGCUACUUGAUCAAGUGGAUGAAGGACAACUUGCUGAGCGAGCGGGUGGAGAUGUUUGGGGAUGGCGAGGGAGUACGCCCGGGAAUCUUGGUGCUCGUCAAUGAUACCGACUGGGAGCUCGAAGGAGAGUUGGAUUACCGAUUGGAAGACGGUGACGAGGUCGUCUUCAUCUCGACGUUGCACGGAGGUUGA